UUGAUGGUUACAUUUUUGGUUGAGCAUGUAAACAUGUUGCGCGCUAGUGCUGUGCAUGUUUUUGCGAUUGCAUUAAUAAUAACAUUCAUUUGUCCGAUGUGUUUGAAGCUAUGCCCAUCUAGUGAAGGUAUCCUGAGUUAGGUCAUACGUUUUUGUAAUCAGAUUUAUAUUCGUAUUAGUUGUCGAGGAGGUCAUUAGAUAACGAUGGUUCUGCUGAAGUUAAUGGUAGUGGAAGAGUUCGAAGAGAGGAGGAAAAGAGAUUACUCGUUCCUGAGGGGUAGCGUGUAUGAGCGAGGGAGCCAAAAAUGCGUGGAGAUGUUUUGCGCAUUGUCUUUGAGCAAGGAGGCGGAAACUUUGAUGAAGCUGAAGGCUAACACAUUCUUCCUGGUUCAGGAUGUCUUAGAGACCAAGAGCACCGAGAAGCAGUUACGGGUAACUGCAAAAAGCAAGAUCUUUGAAAGGGGUGCGAGCUUCGAAGUAAUGGAGGAGGUGGUCAAAGGUUAUGUCUCUCCAGAUGUCAUAUCAAUCAGUGAGGCCAAGAAGUCUCCGAAUAAGAGAAGAGUCUCGAUAUGUGGAGUUGUAACGUGGGCCAGCGAAUGUCGUGGGGAAAAGAGGAAGGUGCGGGAGCUACGCAUGAUGGAAGAUGGCGAAGAAGUAAAAGUCAUGUUGUGGGGCAAUACAGCUAAUAAAGUAAGACGUAAAGAUGAGGAUCUUAAGUUGGUGGGAAUGGAGGUGAUGGUGGAUGGGACGUCGGGAGUGAGCAUACAUUCCAGUCCAAGCACGAAGAUAGAGGGUGAAAGGAUCUCUGAGGACUCGAUAAUUGCGUGCACUGAUGAUGGGUUUCCCAUGGAGAUUGUUUUCGAGAGUGGGGCGACUGCCCAAAUACCCAAUGAUUUUGGCCUUUCUCUGGAGGUUCUGCCUGUGAAGGUUCAGAUUGAGAGGGAUGACAAUGAUGAAGUAGUGAAGAUAGUGGAAGUACAGGAGUAGCAUGUCUUGUGUUGUUGAUUGACAUGUUUUAAUACUUUUUAUGUUUUAAAGUUUUAAAGUAGUUUAGUGAAGUGUUAGUUUGGUGUAAAUAUACAUGUUGAGGUUGUUGUAAUUUUUUUUGUUCUUGUAAUAUUUUUGUUUUAAUCACAGUUUAAGUGUUUGUAUAGUUUUAUAAUCACAAUGAAGCUAGAGUACUUUUAGACUUACAGGGUAGUUCAUUGUGGAUUGUAUGUUAGAUUCAAUAUGUUUAAACAUUAUUUUGUUUGGUUGGAGACACAGAUUCUUACUUUUGUUAUUUUUUAUAACUCGUCAGAACCCCAAGGAUUGACCAAAAUGUUUAAUUGGUUAUGAAUAUUAGUGAAGGUUAUAAGCGUUAAAAAAAUUGUUUCAAAAGCGUAUGUAUUAUUCAUUGUAUUAUAAAUUAACUGUUUGUUUUUAUUAUGUUGUUAUCAUGUUGUUAUCAUGUUAGUUGAAGUUGGAAAUAUAUUAUUAUGUAAGAAACCUUAUGUUGGAGGUGUUAUGGAGGCUUGGCUUUGUUGGGAUAGUUGUGUAUCAGAAUUUGGUAAAACCAUGUGUAGUGUUGUAAGAUAGGUUUAGGGCUGUUUGUGUAUUUUUUAAGCAUUAGCUUGCAUAUUUUUGUUUAUAGUUACUGAUUUUUGUAAUGAUACAUUGUUUUAUCAUGAAUUUGAAAGUUAAGUGGUAAAUUAGUUGUUAAGUAAUUGUGUUUUUUUAUCUUUAGGAAAAGAUGAUUUGUUAUUGUUGGUACUUUUAUAGAUAUCGUUCCUAAUUUUAUGAAGUGAUGGUAGUGAGGAAAUUUUGCAUGCAAAUUGUAUGCAAUUUACAGUCAGUACCGUUUGUUUGUGAAAGUAGGGAUGUCAUCUAUUUGAUAUAGCAUUUUGUAGUGAACCAUAUAUAAUGGUUUUUAUAAUAUCUUGGCAGCAAAUUAUUGAGAAUUAUAAAUGUGUUCUUAAAAUAUUUGGUUUCCAUAUUGUUAAGUAGUUUUGUGAAUAAUUGUUUGUAAUAUGUUUUUAAAGUUAGUUUAAGUUUUGAUCAUUACAGGUAGAUGGUUUAGGGAUUUGUGAGAGUAUGAGGUUAUAGUUUAAAUGAUACAAAGUUUCAAUUACAAUUUUUUUUUAGGAUGUGUGAUAUCUAAGUAUUUGUUGACGGAUGUCAGUGAUUAAACAGAGUAUUUACGUUUAUUGUUAGUGAAAAUUACAAGUUAAUGGAAAUUUGAUAUAUAUCUAUUUUUUUGUCAUGGUUUUGGAAUUAUUUUUCGAAAACUAUGAAGGUUGUUGAAAAUGAAUAUAAGGAAA